AUGAAAGAGCUGAAUUGGGCCAGUUACAAUGAAAGGAAGAUGCAAAAUUUUGUUAAUGGGUUGAACACAAUCCAUGACACACUAGUAUAUGACAAUGAUGUUCAUCCCAGGAAUACGAUGACUGUGGAAGGGGAUCCAGAAAGGGCAAUUUGGAGAGAUUUUGAAAGAGCACAGACAUUUAAUGGAGAGCUUACAGAGAGACAGAAGGAAUGGAUUGUGUUUGAGAAGAACCUUAUGGCUGAGAUGGCUGAAUUUAUGAAACACGAAUUUCUCAAGGGGGACUUCGAUAAAACAUAUCAGUGCUAUGAGAAACCUAAGGAAGGUAGACCUAACCGCGGGGGUUUGGUUCAUCUGAUCGCACUAGACGGAGACCCACUACAGUUAAGAAGAUGA